AUAGCUGAGGUUGCAGAGCCGUUGUAAAAUUAGGGUUAGGGUUAGGGUUUUUGAUUGAUAUAUUGGGUGCAUAAUCAGCGGAGAGAGUAAACAGCGACAAUGAUCUACGACGUCAACUCACAUCUUUUCCGAUCCUUCCUCAGCCAGAAGGGAGGCUCCUCCGAUAAGAGGAAAAUGGAAGACAAGCCCAAGGAACCAAGAUUUAAAGCCAACGAGAACAAGCCUGUGAUGACAGAGUGAUAAUAGCAGCUUUUAAACUCUUUUACAAUGGGAUUACUUGGGUGGUAGGCAUUCUAAAGGCUGUGAGAUGUUAUUAUUUUGGCGACAGUUGUCUAAAGUAAAAUCGUCGGUACCCAGUCUUGUUUGAGCUGGUUAUGGUGUCUAUUGGGUGUGGUUCUUAUGUUUACCAAGCUUUUUAUGGCCAACUUUCAUAGAGAACCUUUACAACUCUAAAGUAAUUUUAGCUUUGAGAACAGAAAGCAAAAUAAUGUGCAAUCUCUUGACAUUUGGUGAUCCCCCAUUUUUUCAUCCCUUGAGUUUGCUUAUUGUAACUCACAAGUUGCUUUAAUAUGAAGUCAUUUUCCCGGGUUUACCGCCA